AUGCGCUAUAUCGCUAGUGACUCGUUUCGAGGUACCAUCGUCGUCGGAGAAGUUUUUCGGAGUAAGCCGUGCUUCAAUAGAACGAUUGAAGUCCGCAACUGCUGCUAAUAUCUUUUUUUUUUCUCAUCACACUUUCGACAAAGUUUGACCAAACAACAGAUACAACUCACUCAAAGCCAGCUUGAGACACAUUUUAAUAAGUCAUCAACUGUUAGCGAAACUUUUUGAGAAGGAAGAGUUUCAAAAAAAUCUGUAAAAAUGUUUGGUCUGAAGCUAACUGUAGAUGAAGCUUUAAAAAAAGUUUAAAUAGAAAAUGUCGAAAAUCAAUAAUAUAUAAUUGAUACUAAUCUGAGAAAAUGUUUUUUUCUACUAAUCGAAAUUUCUUUUUUUCUUAAAAAAAUUCUUUAAUUAAAUUUAGUAUUUAUUCUUUGAGAAUGUUGACUCUCGUCCUUACUUUCAAGAACUUUGAAAAUUAUACUUUCUUUUUUUCUCUGACAUGGGCCUAAAUUCGAAGGCGCAAAUGAGUUUGCAAAUGAAUAUUAUCUCUAGUUUCAUCCAACAUUCCCAGCCUACAACUUUUUCAAGCAAUUUUCUUCAAAGUACUUGCAAUUACAGUUUGUAACUGAUGGCCGAGAAAUCCAAAUUUGCAAACAUGACCGUGAAUUCCGAACUUGCAUCAUUUCUAUCGGCCGCCGAAAAAUCUCGCUCGUUUUUUUAUUUAUUUUUUUAUUUUUAUUAAAUCGUAUAAGUGUCAUGUAAUUUUUUUCAGCAUUCAAACAUUGGAAGUGAAAUUAACGGAAAAAGGUUUAUAUGGGAAGCUCACAAUCUAACCCGUCUGCGCCACCUACAACGAGCAGUGUAUGAUUUACUAAUAAUUAUAUUCUUUGUAUAUACAACAUCUUCAGUUUUUACUUUCUAUUUAUGCUUUUUUCAGAUUCAAGAUGCUCAUAGUGAUCCGGAAAAAGUUAAAGAAUGCGCGACGUCAUAUGGCUGCAGGUAAAACUUUCUCAGUAAUAUACGUUCACUGUUUUUAUGAAAGCUGAAUAUAAAAAUUUUCCUUGGUAGUAGUAUUGAGCGAAAGUUUUUUUCUCAUAUAUUAUUUGAUUUAGUGUCAGAUGAUUUCUUUUUGAAAUUUCUGUUAAAUUUUAAAGCAAAAAAAUUAUUAAAGUAGUAUUUUUAUUUUUUUCAAAUGUAGAGAUUCUAAAUUUUUAUAAUGGUUAUAUUUAGCCAAAGGUGGAAGCGAAUGUCCACAAGCGCAGAGUAGCAACGAUGGAUGUGGCGGAUGUCCAGUAGGCGCUGACAAGGUCAACCCACUCAAUAAUGUACUGUUUCAAUUCACAAUUAGUACUCAAUGACCACCCAAAACAGGAAAUGGAGCAUCCUAACCAAAAACCGGCACCAGAUCAGCCUUUCACUUUGCCCACCGAAAGGCAAAAGUCUACGAUUCCCAAGGCAGGAACUGAAAACGAAACGUGGACGUAUCCAAGUCCCCAAAUGUUCUGGAACGCCAUGUUGAAGUAGGUUUUUCUGCGGAAUUUGUGUGGAUUUGUUCUGAUUUUCAAUUUCUCAGUUUUAAAAAACCUUUUUUAGGAUAUCUUAUAGGAGUUCAUAAAAAUCGAGUUAAUUUUAGGAAAGGGUGGCGAUGGGAAGACGACCAGCUUUCUCAAUCCGACAUGAAGAACAUUAUUCGCAUCCAUAACGCCAACAACGAAGAAGCAUGGAAUGAAGUGCUCAAAUGGGAAAAUCUUCUUCAUCCGUUCGUUUUAUCGUUCUGUUCGAUUAAUUUUUUUUUUUCAGCGAAUGCGCCUCUCCGAAACUGAAGAGUUUCAAAGGAGACGCGAAGAAUGUGUCCCCGCGCGCGCGAUUCCGCUCCACUGUACUGGGGUACGAUCCUCCGUUUGAUCGUCACGACUGGGUCAUCGACAGAUGUGGCAAGAAGGAGGUCACCGAUUUCAUCCGGCAUUUUCUAAAACCUCGUUUUUCAGGUUCAAUACAUCAUUGACUACUACGACGGUGGUGCUGUGGACCCUAAGUCGAAGCUUUUCACUAUCCUCGACGUUCGACCGGCCAUGAACGAUAUCGGAAACAUCUGGGAUCGAAUGGUUUUUCGUUUUCCAUGAAGACAUUGUUCUCAUCAUCGAUUUCCAGGUUGUCGGUUACUGGCGGUUCAAGUUUGAGUAUCUCGGAAUGACGCCAAAACUUCCCAUUCCUCCCGUCGAAGAUGAGAACCAUUAA